AGUUGACAUAAACAGAAAACUUUAGUUCAUAAAUAACCAGUUUUGUUCCUCACAAACCAAACCAUAGAACUAGACAUACACAGUGAUAGAAACAGAGAAACUUUGGAAAAGAAAAGACAUAACAAAGUGGUGUUGUAGAGUGAGACAUGAGAGGAAGUGGAAGUGACCCAUCAUCAGAAGCAAAGGGAGACAUGAAAGUGAAUCAGAAACCUGCAUGGUUAGAGAGGUUAAUGGGUGAGACAUUCUUUGGGGGUUGUGGGGUCCACCAGAACCAAAGGAAGAACGAAAAGAACAUCCUUUGUUUGCACUGUUGUCUCACCAUUUGCCCUCACUGUCUCCCUUCUCAUCCCUCUCACCCCCUCCUUCAGGUGAGAAGGUAUGUUUACCAUGACGUGGUUCAAUUGGGUGAUCUUGAAAAGCUCAUCGAUUGCUCGAAUAUUCAGGCAUAUACGAUUAACGGUGCGAAAGUGAUAUUCUUAAAUGAGAGGGUGCAGUCAAGGUCAUGCAAAGGUACUACUACUGCUGCCAAUGCCAACUCUUUCUGCUGCACUUGUGACAGGAUUCUUCAGGAUCCCUUCCAUUUCUGUUCUCUCUCAUGCAAGGUUGAUCACAUGGUAUACAAAGGUGAAAGCUUGUCCAGCAUAUUGGUACAUCGAUUCCAUGAAUCCCAUUUUUCAUAUUCGCAAUUCGAGGGUUUAAGGGUAGAUAGCUCAGAGGUUAUUGAUGAAGAUAAUACCCAAUUUGUCCCUACCAAUACUGAGGAGGCUACAAGCCGUUCUAUGAACAACAAAACCAAUGGUUUCUUCCUCUCCCUUGGAAGUAGGAGAAAGGGUGCUCCUAAGAGAGCUCCUCUAAUCUAGACCACUAGUGCAAUGCAAUGUUAUUCAAAUUCAAAUGAAGACCAUGACAAAGAAAAGGUGGUAUUAUAUUUCAAUAUAGCAAUAUAUAUUAAUUAAUUAGCAUUGGGUUAUGACCAAAUAAAUAUUCGAAUGUUUUGAGUUUCAUUUUAUCAUUUUUAAUAAUAAUAUGUAUAUAGAUUUUAUGACUGAUUUCCUUGCAUUAUCUUAUGAAGAUUUUCCAUUAUCAUCUUCAG